CCAGUCUGAGGCAGAACCUGCCUGCCCGCAGUGUGUGAGGCAGGACAGCCUGCGGUAUCAGGUGACUGCUAUCUCGAGAGAACGUGACGUCGGCGGCGGCUGACUAGCUGAUCCCACUCAGUGCUGAAUUUCCGUGGAUGACGACCGGACCGUGACAGCACGUAACGCUAUUCUUGGUAAAUAUCGCUCUUUAUUUUCUUCAUAUAAAACUGCUACACCUGCUGCACCGUUACACAUAGGGCAAUAUGUACUUGUAUAAAGCAGCCGCGCUGUGCCAGUAAGGAGCCCCGUGAUUUCCCAGUUCACCGGGUGUUGUACGCGGUUAGUCCGUGCCGUCAUAGCACGGCUAGGGAUUGGAGGGGGAGGGGGGGCAGUAAGUGACCCGCGGCUGGUAAGGACGUCACUGCUAGAGCUUCUCUUACCAGUUAAUUACCCUACUAGCUGCUAUUGGCAGAGCCCUGUGAAGUUGUGUGAGAUAGUGAUGGUGCUGUGCCAUACACCUUCUGUACGAAUGGGGUUUUUGUGAUACCUGGGCAGAUAGCUUGUGGUACCUACGUUUAGAAAACAGAUAUGACGCCAUUUCGCUUAAAAAAAUUAUUCAUGUCAACAUAUAACUUGCAAUCAGACUUCAAGUUAUUGGCAUCAGGGAAGUAAUGGAACUCUGGAGUGUUGUGUCCUUAAAAUGAUGAUAUAUAGAGCUUGACGUUGAUACUAGAAGAAAUGAUGCAGGGGAAUUGUGUGUUUUUUUUUUUGUUUUUGUUUUUUUUUAUGUCCUUUUCAUUUUACACCAGAAAAUGAAAUAUUGGUGUUCAGUAUUGUUUUCCUUAGUAUAAGUGUGUGUGUGUGUGUGUGUUAUUUUUUUUUUUUUUUAUUUAAAAAAUAUAUAUAUAUAUAUAUAUAUAUAUAUAUAAUUUUAAUUAAUUUAUUUUUUGCUUCUUAAGAAUACUUACAUUCCUAGAAUAACCUAGUUAUUUGCGUAAUAUAUGCACUUCCUUUAAUAAUUAACCAAUGUACUUAUUUUAUCAGCACUGUGCUUAUUCACUGCUGCAUAUUUAUGCCACACCCUGGCUCCAAGAUCCUUUGCUUAUUGUUCAGCUGUAUGCUUUGUGAUGGUUGUGAUGGAAAUUUAAAUUGGGACAUUCUUAUCACAUGUUAGCUGUGCUAACACCUGUAUCAGUUGGAAAGACAUGUGACUUCACCUUUAUCAGAGGACUGGCACAGCCUUAAGUGGAGGAGUGAGGAAUAUGGACUGUAUUCGUAUUGAGUGACUGAUUUCCCCCAACCCAAACUAUGAUUUUAAAAUCAAAUUGUAUCCUGAUCUAAAACUAGUUGAAUUUUCAUGUUCGAGUAGUUAUUAAUUUUUUUUUUUGCAGUGGAGACGGACUCUAUCAUUCCCCCUUACUAUCACUCUUCCAAUGUUGGAGAGGGUCCCAUUGUAAUGUGUUUGGCUGUACUAAUACAGUAAAUAGUUUAGUGUAUGUAGUUGCGUGAGCCAGUUCCACUCAGUGGAAUUUGGAUUAUAAAUCCGGAAUGAACCACUGAUCUAUUGAACCUUUUAGUAAGUGUGGGGUAUUCUUUUCUAUGAUGUCCCUGACACUGGGGGGGAAAAAAGGCCCACUUGAGUUUUAUUCCACUUUUUUGGAAACGCAUUACUUAUCCAAGACUCUCAUACAUUGGGACUUUAACCCCUUAAGGACCAAACUUCUGGAAUAAAAAGCAAUCAUGACAUGUCAUGUGUCCUUAAGGGGUUAAAAAGACACUAUAGUCACCCAGAUCAGUUCAUCUAAUUUAAGUCCUUUUAAUCCUGGAGUGUAAAACAUUGCAUUUUUUUAUGUUGCGGAAGGUGGAGAGGUGAGCAGUGCUCAACAUAAGUGGAUAUCAUGUCCACACGCACUUGUAGUAGUUCAGUUUUGCUGGCAUUUUGGGAUUAUGCAAUCCCAUUGUGUCAGCAAUUUUGUCUUAAAGGAUCACUGCACACCGCAAAAGCUUGCUGAAGUGCUUUAUGGGUGAGGAGUAGCCUACUUUAACCCCAGUUUAUAAAAGUGAUUUCUAUGAGAAAUCAGCACUGUUAUAAAUUUGCUAGAUAACACCCACCUGGUUGUCAGUCAAACAGCCAGGGGAGGUUUGCAGACUCCUUCCGUUAAAGGGACACUCCAGGCACCCAGACCACUUCUGCCUAUUGGAGUGGUCUGGGUGCCAACUCCCACCACCCUUAACCCUGCAAGUGUAAUUAUUGCAGUUUUUAUAAACUGCAAUAAUUACCUUGCAGGGUUAAGUCCUCCUCUAGUGGCUGUCUAUCAGGCAGCCACUGGAGGGACUUCCGUGUUUUUAGAACACGAAAAGUGUUUUAAACGACGCGGGACGUCCUCACGCUAUGCAUGAAAAACUCCCAGCAUCGCCGGAAUCCCCAUAGGAAAAAUGCUUUCCUAUGGAAAGGUCUAAUGCACGCAUUAGGUCUCCCCCGCCGACGUCAGGAGCAUGGACAGAGCCUGAACCAGCACCAAGGGACAUCAGCGCUGGAUUCAGGUAAGUCGCUGAAGGGAUUUUAACCCCUUCAGCAACGUCGGAGGGAGAGGGGCACUGCAGAUUCUGAGAUAACGAAAGUGGCAGACACCCUCUACUUGAGUGUGCCUGCCUCCCCACUCACCAGCUCCUCCGUGCCAGACCUCAGACCAGAUGUGUGUGUGCACGUGCACACGUAUGUUUGUGCGCAUGCACGCGCUGGCUCAUGUAGUUGUGUGUUCGUGUGCACCAAUUCAGAGGCUUAUUGGUUUGUUUCCUGUGAAGUCCCUUCUGGGAAAAAAGGGGAAGGCUUGCUAAGGCUGCAGUUCAUAAGAAGUGGGAAGUGGAGUGAUCCUUUAAUUUACAGUGUCACAUUUACUGUAUCUUUACAAUUCCUUAAUCUGUCACUAUUUGGUUAACUUCAUAGCCUACAAUUAGGGAUGCACCAAAAUUUUGGCUGAAAAUGGGCCUAUCCCAUUUCGGCUAAAAAUGUAUCAGAUCUGCCGAAAAUUACACCCUUCCCUUCCAGGGGCGGCACUACCAUAAGGAGGCCCAGGUGGCCUCCUUAGGGCGCACCGGGUGCACAAUGUCAGGCUGACAGGCAGGUGGGAAGCGCACUGCGCUCCCCUCCAGCCAGUUACUUCUUGCUGCAUGGCUGAGCGCAGCCCAGGUCUUGCCUCCCACGCAGAGCAGCCUUCUACCAUCUCCUUUACAGAGCAGAAGGAGGCGGUGGUCACGUGAAGGCUGGCCUUGCGGCAGCCAAUCAGAAGCCGGCGUGCACCUGAUCUGAACAAAGCGCUUGGAUGUUCCAGGACAACGUUCUAUGGGAAGUAUGUGUGAGUUCUGCACAGCAUGACUGCCAAGGUAUGUGUGCAGUGUAUGGGGACAGGGGGAUAAGUGGCUGUAACUGGCUGGGCUGCAGGAAACUUCACAUUAGGCUCACAUCACUGCCCCGCAGCAGCAGACCAGGGAAAGCAUUGGGAGAGAGACGCUGUUUAGUUUUGACCUAGGGCCUGCCCUUGUGAAUGUGUCAUUUGCAUCACUGGGGAUUUCAGAAUAGGGACAGCCUGGGGAGACACUGAGUGCCUUGUGGGCAUCUCCAGUCUGUGGCCAGUAAGGUUGGUCUUCUUCUGUGCCCAUCUUUAGUUUAGUCCUAUGCCCCUACAAGAUCAUAUCGGAUGGGGUUACUAAAUGUGUAUUCUCAAGGAUACAUUCUAGGUGAGGUAUUGAGACUGCUGCUGUUCUACAAUGAAAAGUGAUGCCAUGGAGUAUGAAUAAUUCAAAUGCUGCAUUCUUCAUUCUAUGAUUUGUUAUACAUUCCACAGGGCAACACUCAGUUGCUGCCCAUCAGUUUGUAUAAGGACUGUGUCCAGUUAAAGACAGUCCUCUUCUUUGUAAUCAUGAUUAUGUUGUAAAUUAUCGGAAUGAAACAAAUCCCUGAAGGAUUCUGUUUUGUGUUUUUAUUGGCUUGUAGUUUUUCAUAUUAAAUUCAUUAAAAAGUCUGAUAUUAACAUUUAUAGAAAAAAAACUAUAUUAAGAUAAUUUUGGGGGGGAAAAGUCAUUUUCGGCCAAGGGCAUCCUGAAUUUUCGGUUUCUGCCCAGAAUUUUGAUUUUGGUGCAUACCUACCUGCAAUCUCUCUACUUCUGCAAAGGAUGAUCAAACAAAUAAUGAAAAAUUUUAAAUUUUCCAUGUUUAGUUUUCUCCAGGUAGAAAGUAUUCACAAAAUUGCUUUAAUGCUUUAUUAUUUCAUUUAUUUUUAAUAAAAAUCUUGUGAUGUAGGGGGAUACCAUACUACAUAUUUAUUACAUACAUUAACUAAAAGAUAAUCACCUGUUGACUUUCAAUUUUUUUAUUACAUUUUCAGUAUGUGCUUCUACUGCAGUGGUCAGGGAGUGGCUAAAACCUCCUGAUGGUUUUUAGUAGGAGCCCUGUAUAUGACCCAUAAACUUCUGUAUAUUCUAUUUAAAUCUGUACAGUUAAUGGCAGAACAGAGACCAGAUGGUUUCGGUUAGAUUGUGCAACUAGUUUUACAAAAGAACAUAUUAACAUCUGAUAGCAGUACAUCAUAAAUCAGUUAUUUGUGAUGCUUAAUCCAGUGUAUUCUUGUUCAGAAAGAUUUUUUUUAAAGUUCAUAUGUACCACUACAUACUGAUAUUACAAUCUAUAAAAAAAAAAAAAAAAAAAAAAUAAAAAAAAAAAAAUAUAUAUAUAUAUAUAUAUAUAUAUAUAUAUAUUUUUUUUUUUUUAAAUGAGUUCCCAAGUCUGUCACUAGGAUGGCACAAGAACCACACUUUACCAAGACAACAUGACUAUCUAAUUACCUGGUAAUGGGUGGGAAGGUCUGUUUUUUAAAUACAUUUUAAUUUUUUUUUAUUUUAUUAGAAAUCAUAUUGUAGUUGUGACGAAAGCAACUUUGCCACUGGUUUUUGGAGGGGCCUGUUUGCCUGCCUCCUACCCUGGGACUAUGGGCCCUGUGAUAACCCAUGUUCAAAAGUACUGUUUCUGCCCCUUGGACUUUUAACUGGAACAGAUUCAAACAUGUGGCGGCGACCAUCUUAAAUUGUCCAGCAGUGUUUUGUAAUCGAGUGUAUGGAACUGUUUUGGGCAUGGGAUCAUGUGCACAGUGGGGCCAAAAUAAGACUUCCAGGAAAUCCCUGAACCGAUCUGGGUGAUUUUUGGAUAUGUUGUUCACCCAGAUCGGGGCUAUCAGGGGAUGUGACUGUGGGGAUAUGUUGUAUUUUGUGGUACUUUUUUGGGUUUGUAAAAAUGUGUUUUUUUUUCUUUUUUUCUUCUGAUUAGUUAAUCGAGUUAGUCCAUUGUCUUUGUUAAUUAUAUCACAGGCAGAGGGGAGGGAUUGUGUAAACUGUAUGGGAGUGACUGAAUGUAAAACUAUAUUUUUACUGGCUUGUUGUUCCUGUGCCCCACAAGGUCCACCUGGGUGGUAACCUUGUGGGGAAAACUGUAUAAAAGACCAAGCUGUUCAAUAAACCCUCAGAUAAGCUGAUCCCGUUUGACACUCAACACGUAGUCUUGUCUUAUGAUUGGAGGGGAACUGCUAUAAUCACACUGGGGAUUGCUAUACUUUGUAUACUGCUCUGGGCUCUAAUCAUUUGGCUCUUUUAAGAGCUGUUCCUGUUAUGCUCUCUUGGAGGAGAAGUCUCUCCCACACAGGCCUGGAUGUCAGAGAUUGGUCCAGGGUGGAAGGAAGACGGCGAGAUUCCACUUAAAGGACCACUCUAGGCACCCAGACCACUUCAGCUUAAUGAAGUGGUCUGGGUGCCAGGUCCAGCUAUGGUUUACCCAAUUUUUUUAUAAACAUAGCAGUUUCAGAGAAACUGCUAUGUUUAUGAAUGGGUUAAGCCUUCCCCCAUUUCCUCUAGCGACUAUCUCAUUGACAGCCACUAGAGGCGCUUGCGUGAUUCUCACUGUGAUUUUCACAGUGAGAGCACGCAAGCGUCCAUAGGAAAGCAUUGAUAAUGCUUUCCUAUGCGACCGGCUGAAUGCGCGUGCGCAUUCAGCCCAGGAGGAGGAGAAGUGGAGGAUCGGAGGAGGAGAGCUCUCCGACCUUCGCUGGAAAAAGGUAAGUUUUUACCCCUUUCCCCCCCUUCCAGAGCUGGGCGGGAGGGGGUCCCUGAGGGUGGGGGCACCCUCAGGGCACUAUAGUGCCAGGAAAACGAGUUUGUUUUCCUGGCACUAUAGUGGUCCUUUAAGCUAUGGCGGUUGUGGAGUCUGCAGUUGUUGUGGUGUCCGGUGCGGUGUUUAUGGUCCUUGGCAUCAGCUAGGAAGCAUCAGUCAACGGAGGUACCCAGUUGGGGUGCCAGGUGAUCUGUUAUAGUAGUCUUUUAUAUAACUUGUAUAGGUUCUCUGUACAAGUCAUUGUUUACUCCCAUGGGGGAGUUUGGGCAGCAGCUACAUAUUUGUGUGGCUGUGAAGAGAUUUAUCCAUGGAGAAAAAAACAAAACAAAGCAAACUUCAAGCUUGUAUUAUUUAGAUUUAGUUAGGUCAUUCGUGUCUUCAUGAUUUAAACUGGCCAAUGCCACAGAAAUCCAUAUCCCUUUCAGCAUCCCCCUUGAAAACAGUAGUAGGGUCAAAUAGCUCAGUUAUUUCUUCAAUAUUUCCUAAAGUCUUUAGAUCUAUAGUAAAUUAAGGUAAGUAAGAAACCAGCUUUUUUUGAAUUGUAUUAAUUGUUUCUACUUUUUUGUGUGUAUUAUUGUAAUGCCUUUUAAAAAAGGGUUCCUGCACACCCAUUGUUGCAGUAGUUUGGUGUGCAAAUUGUGAAAGGGACACUAUAGGCACCCAGACGACUUCAUCUCAUUGAACUGGUCUGGGUGCAGUGUUCCUGUCACUUAACCCUGACAUUGACAUUUUAGAGAAACUACAAUGUUUACAUUGCACAGUUAAGACAGCCUCUAGUGGCUCUGGCACUUUCUGGAAUUUCACAGAGUUUAGUAUCUCCAAAAUCCACAUAGGAAAGCAUUGAUUUCCUAUGGGGAAGUUCCAAUGUGCGCGCUAUGCAUGUCUGGCAUGCGAUUUAAGUCCGCCUUCAGUAUGAGGUCGCUGGAGCCAGCACCAAUAGACUUCAACGAUGGAAUUAAGGUAAGUGAAAUGUAUUUAGUUAUUUAUUUAUUUAUUUUUUAAAACCUGUUCUACACCGGGGGAGGGGGCCAUAGGGACACCGUUGUAUUAGGAAUGUAAUUUUGUAUUCCUUUAAAGGGAUACUCUACGCAAAACAAAUUAGCCUAAUAAGGCAGUUUUUGGAGAAUAGAUCAUUCCCCUGCAAAGUUCUCUGCUUUUUUGGGAGUUUUGCUUUACAUGAAGUGCAAAUUCAGAGAGCGGAUACCUGAAGGGUCACUCUAGUGGUUAUGGUGCACUCUAGUGGUUAUGGUGCCAGAAGUCUCCAGGUGCCAUCUGUUGGUAAUCUGUCAAACACUUUACAUGUGGUAUAUCACUUACUUGCUGUUUCGGGUGUCCGAUGUCUUUCCAGUCAGAGUUAAUUUAAUAAAGUGAAAUUUUAUACUUCCAUAUUAUCAUACUAUGAAUACUGUCUCAUUCCAGAAUUAGACUGUAUUCAUUCUUUGAAAGUGACUGGCUAGAUCAUUUCACUAUAAACUUCUCUAUACUCGGUUCGGUGAGAGAACAAAAAAACAAAACAAAAACAUUACCCUUCAAUAUCCUACUACUAUAAAUAGACAUUGUCAUUCUGAGAAAAAAUGGGACUUGCUUUAUAUGAGCAAAUAUAAUGUAGCCUGUGUCAGAAACCUAUCCUGUUUUACUUUGUAAAAUAGGCCCUUUAAAGGGACACUUUAGGCACCCAGACCACUCUUAUUGUUUUAAGAUAUGUAACUUAGGUUUAUGAGAAGAACCAUAGGGUUUUAAUAAAAAAAAAGAAAAGAAAAGGGAAAUCCUAAUGCGAGCGAGGCCAUUACUGCGCAUGCGCUUUAGGUCUCCCCUGCCGGCUGAUGUCGGCGGGGGGAAGAGCAUGGGUGGAGCACCCCUCACACACAUACACACUGCGAGCAGCAAUAUCAUCAAUACCAGCUAACCUCACACCAAAGAGAAGCAGUUCCAGCCAUCACAUUAGGAGUGAGUUUAAUAAAUGUUUGACCAAAUACAGCAGGCUAAUUUUUACGUUGAAAAUUUUGUAUGGUCCGCGAAUGAUGUUUUAAAUAUCCAAAUGGCCCUUGGCAGAUAAAAGGUUCCCCACACCUGCUGUAGAUUAUACAGCAUUGUGACAGACAUGUUAUGUAAUGUAGCUAUAAAACCUGACCGUCCAGGGUUUCAUCUUUGCACUGAAGGAAUAUUUUGCAAAGACCACAAUGGGGACAUUGUCGCUUGGUGUGUUGUGACCAUGCAGUGCAGUGCCGGGGACAUAUAUUUACCUGAUGCUAUACCCUGAAGGCGCCGCCAUCCUAUAUUUUUCAGCUCCUGGUAGAUGACAUGCAACAAGUCCUUGUCAGUACAGUACUAUGAUAUAUAUGGAGGAUCACGUGAGAUCUUGUGAGCCUUCAAUAGAAAUAAACGAGAAUUACCAGAUUUUACUAAUUACAUGACGUAAAGUCAUGAUUUUAAAAAGGACACGGAGGCGAGUAUUAGGCUUUAUCUCUUUCUUUAUUCCUCAGCAGCAAAGAAAGGAUAUUGAUAUUUUUUAAUAUAGCAAUAACAAAAAGAGAAAACAAAUACCCUUAAGGGUUAACCAUAUAACAUUCCAUAUCCAUUAACCAAUAGGAUCAGUCCUUGUACUAUAUCCCUUCAUGUGAGGUAAACUACUUCCUCUUUCUGGCUGACGCCGAAGCUGAACACAUCAACAAGGGAUUCCGGCGAAUGUUCCAAAUAAUGUCGAGAUAGUGGACGAUCCCGGUUAUGUCAUCACAGGGUUAAGCUGUAGGAGACAGAGAGAUAUAUGGUAAAAUAUAUUCGAAUAUCGUUGUCAUGCAUAUAUGUUGUACCGGUCCUUAGACAAACGUUUAUAUCUGAAAACAUUGCUUGCGACAUUCUAGCAUAAAUCAGUCUAAAUUGCAGUUAUUACCUUAUAACUUAGAUUCUAAACAUCCAAAAUGCCAUAACUUGUUUAUGAGCGAGUGGGUGGGAAAAAAUGCAUGUACGGCUUACCUUUCAGUGGGCGGGCUAAUACUCGCCUCCGUGUCCUUUAUAAAAUCAUGACUUUACGUCAUGUAAUUAGUAAAAUCUGGUAAUUUUAUUAAAGGACACGGAGGCUCUUAUUAGGCUAGUUUAAAGCUGUGAUAUGACCCUAGAUGAGAUAUGUUCUGUUGGUCUAAAGUAGUAUUCCUUGAACGUCGAUUCUCGGGACCAGUCAGCUGUGCGGAGGAGGUCUUCCAGUUUACAUCCAAUGGAGAAUGCUUUAGAGGCCAUAGCGCCUCUGGUAGAGUGUGCUCCGUAAGCGGCCGUGUCGAUGUUAGCAUUUGACAUUAUCCAUUUCACCCAACGUGUCAGAGUUCCCGUGGAUACUGGUUGAUGAGGUUUCCUCACUGCCAAGAAUAAAUUAUGUGUGUUUGGGUUCCGGAAUGGCUGGGUCCGUAAUUCAUAUUCCUGCAGGCAUGCUACCGGGCAGAGGUUAGCGUUGUGAGGAAAGGAGGGAUAGAAGACUGAAGUGGUGUUCGACUUUGUACGUCUGGUGAUAUUAAACAGGACACCAUCCGGUGUGAAUGAUCGUGCAUCGAUAUCCAAGGCCCUCACGUCUGAUACCCGUUUGCAGGAAAUUAAGCAUAGAAGCAUCGCCAAUUUUGCAGACACUUGCUUGAGUGUUAGGUUCGAGUUUGGGGGCCAAUCUUGCAACAAACGAAGGACCAUAUUCACAUCCCAUAGGGCCGUGUAACGAGGUUGUGGCGGACGUGCAAAUUUUAUGCCCCGUAGGAGACGACAGAUCCAUAAGUGCUUCCCAGCCGGGAAACCUUCCCAACCAGUGUGCCCAGCUGAAAUCGCUGACCUGUAGACAUUUAUGGUGCGAUAAGCCAAGCCUUGAUCAUAAAGGGUAGUAAGGAAACCCAAAACCUGGUUUAUAGGAGCACGUAUGGGAUCCACGUGCCGUUCCACGCACCAACUACACCAUGUGUUCCAGGCAUGGGCAUAGGAACGUCUUGUCCCUGGGGCCCAAGCUCCUGCCAAUAAGUCCAAAGUUGCUUGUGAAACAUUCGGCAUGGUCCAGGGUCCCCGGAGAGGAGCCAUGUGAGGAGUCUGAGAUGACCUUGCACCAGAAGUGGAUGAGAGUUCCCAUCGGGGUCUGAUAAUAAUUCCGUGCUCCCUGGAAUCAAUCUGGGGAGGUCGAUUGACAUUUCCAUGAGCGAAGGGAACCAUGGCUGUGCUGUCCAGAACGGUGUUAUCAAAACCAACGAUGCUCGGGAGCGCUGUAAGUGUAGGAGAGUUCGCGCUAUGAGUGAGAAAGGGGGGAAGGCGUAUAGCCUGGUGUUCGGCCAAUUUUGUAGGAAGGCAUCCACUGCCGUGGCGUCUGGGUCCGGUCUCCAGCUGAAGAAUGAGGGGAGUUGAGCAUUCAGUCGGGAGGCAAAAAGGUCGAUGUGCAUCGGUCCCCAGAGUUGGUGGAGCUUCUGGAAUACUGUGCGAUUCAAUCGCCAUGCACUGUUGUCUCGUAAAUGCCUGGAGUGCCAAUCCGCUACGGUGUUGGAGAGGCCUGGGAGGUAUUCCGCCUGUACGGAUAUGUUGCGACUCAGGCAGAAAUGCCAGAAUUCUUUCGCCAAGUUCGUGAGGGUUGAGGACCUCGUGCCACCCAAGUGGUUGUCCAUGUAUAGUGGAGGCUCCGUAGGGCGAAUGACCCAGCCAGGAGUUCCAAACCAUUGAUGUGGAGUUCUUUUUCUUCGGAAGACCAUUUUCCACCUGUAGAGGUAGGACCACAGCGGGCCCCCCAUCCCAGUCUGCUCGCGUCGGAUUCUAUGACUAGAUCCGGAGUGGCGCCGAAGAUUGCCUUGCCGUUCCAUGCUUCCAUGUGUUGAAGCCACCAUGCCAGUUUCUUUUUUGCCGCGCAGUCUAGAGGUACAGAAUCUGAAUAGGAGUGACCCAAGCGUAGGUGAGUUGCCUUGAGUUGUUGUAGGGAUCUGUAGUGGAGAGGGCCUGGGAAGAUCGCUUGUAUAGAGGCCGAGAGCAGGCCAAUUAUCCUGGCUAGCUGUCGGAGGGUUAAGACUGGUCGAGUCAACGUCCUCCGGAUUUCCUUCUUGAUAAGUUUUACUUUCGCGGUAGGAAGACUGAGCGUUCCGUGUACUGCGUCUAUAUCGAAGCCCAAAAACUCUAUCGAGUGUGAAGGUUGUAGGAUCGAUUUGUCCCAAUUGAUUAGGAAACCUAGGUUUUGCAAAAGGGUCACUGUCCAGAAUAGGUGUUGAUUCAGUAGCUGUGUGUCUUGAGCCAUGAUCAGCAUGUCGUUGAGGUAUAUGAUCAGACGUACACCUCUGCUGCGAAGGAGGGCCACUACCGGUUUCAGCAGCUUGGUGAAGCACCACGGGGCUGAAGACAGGCCGAAAGGGAGGCAGCGGAAACGCCACAUCGUCUGUUCCCAUUGGCAUUGCAGUAAUUGCUGACAGUCCUCGGCAAUCGGUAUUGUGAGGUAUGCAUCCUGGAGGUCCAACUUUACCAUCCAGUCUCCCAGUCUUAGUAGGUCUCGGAGGCAGUGUAUUCCUUCCAUCUUGAAGUGAUGGUAUGUGACAAAGGCGUUGAGAGGCCGCAAGUUUAUUACUGGCCUCGUGCCUCCACCUUUCUUGGGUACUAGGAAGAUGUUGCUUAGGAACCCGGGGGCGGUAAUGGGAACCCUGUAUAUCGCACAUUUUUCCUCCAGUGUGCGAAUCUCUUUUAACACUAGCUGUUUGUCUAGUGGGGAAAAAACAAUCCGAUGUGGCAAUGAGAGUUGAAUCGGCUGUUGUGUAAAUUCGAUGUGAUAGCCGAGGAUGGUCUCUAGGACCCAUGUAUCUGAGGUUAGGUUGUGCCACGCAUCCUGGAAAUGAAACAAUCUGCCCCCCACAGGUACAAAGGGAAAGGUGCGUAAUGUGGAGUGACUCACCAUAAGGCCGACGGCCAUAGGAGGAUCCCCUGGUUCCGCGUGGAUGCCAUGAUCUGCCCCUGGUCGGGAAGAAUGGUGAUUGUGCCCUCGGUUCGGGUGGGUGGAACCGUGGUGUGGCGGAGCCUCGAUAGCCCCGGAACUGAGUCCGGGAGGGGCGGCCGGACAGACGGCCCCGCUGUCUGCCGGCCCCCCCGAAAACCUUUUGCGAGAACACUCGCUUCAUAUUAUGUUGUGCCUUAUCUAGUGCCGUAAAUGUGUUUACGUAAUUACCCAGGGUCUUAACAAAAUUGUCUCCGAAUAAGAGACCUUUUGCCUGUGUUCCAGGCUCAGAGAUUGCCAAAUGCACUAGUUUUGGCUCGAUUUUCAUCAAUAUGGCUUUACGCCUUUCUGUGGCCAAAGCGGUGUUGGCAUUUCCUAUUAGGCAUAUGCCCCUCUGAAUCCAGCCUCUGAUGGCCAUCAAGUCAAUUGGGGUCCCCCCAGUAAGGGCCGCUUCGACCAUAUCGAAGAUUUUAGCUAUAGGCCCGAGUAUGUCCAGGAUCUUGUCCUGGCAGUGUUUUAAGGAGUAGUCCAAACCCUUCUUGGCCCUCCAACCUGACUUACCCAGGAAUUGGGCGACCUUGGGAUCCACUUCAGGGGUCACGCAAGCCAUGUCUGGGACAGUGGGCCUUGGGCAUUCCGCCCUCAGUUUGCUUCUUGUGGCCUUGUCGAGGGGUUUUCUGACCCUAGUCGCAAUAUAAACGGCCACAUGAGUUGUGGGGUACCACUCCGCUGAACGCGGAUUAUGCAAGGUGUCGGGAUCAAAAAGGGGUUCCCCUUGGGGGUCUAAUACAGCGGACUCAUCCGUCUCGCGCUCCGCGUCUAAAGCUGGAGGCGCGGUGUCGCUGCGUUCGGGGGACGAAUUGUCUGAAUUAAUUGGGUCGAUGUCAUCGGACCCAUCUGAUACCUCCUCUGAGUCCGAGUCGGAGUCGGACGGAUCAGAUAGGGCUUUUGCCCUCUUCCAAGUCCGCACCGUUUUUGCCCGGCGGGGGGCUCUUUUACGUGGGAGCACCACGUCAUCAAUUUCAACAGGGCCCAACCUGUCCGUCUUACUGGUUCUGGAGGUAGCACCUGACAGAUGGUGCGAUUUGCACGUCGCCUUGCGGCCGCUAGGGACCAUAGGCUUGCUAUCAGUGGAUAUAGGGGGUGCCGAGCCCGGGUUGUGACCGGAUGCCCUAAUAGCAGAGGAAAUAGAGUGGGACAGGGUGUCCGACAUCGCCCCCAUGGCGGUAAAAAUGGCCUGUGUAACAGACCUACUCAUCGUGGCAUCCAGGAGCGCCUGGAACUCCUCUGAGUUCACGUGCUCCUGGGAUGCGUCCCCAACUCCCCCAGUGACAGCAGCGUCUGUAGACAAGGCUGUCUUAUCACGCUUGCUGGGUUUAGUAGAGGUGGGAGGGGGGUAACUGUCUAUCAGCAGGGGACUGCAUAGUGAUCAGGAAUGUGCCCAGUAACAGUAGAGGGAGGCACUGAAAUAAACCGUCACUAUUGGACAAAAUGCACACUUUCAGCACUGCAGAGGUUAAUAAAACCAGCAGUAUAGGGCAAGUGGCUGAGCACUUGAGUUAAAUUUAAGGCAGGCACAGUUAUAAAGAGGCACAAAGUAUUUUUGGCACAUAUAAUAUGGCAGCUUACCGAGUGUUCCCUCAGGAAUGACUCCUGUGGGACACUGGUAAGCUGCCCAACACUUCCCUCACCCAAUCAGCUCGCGCCCCUCCCUGUCAGAGUGGCGCGGACCGCGGGCGAAAAGAGCGGCAAAAUUGCCCUCAGUUAAAAUGGCUGCCGCGAUGCGCGAGUGCGGACCGCGCAUGCGCGAGCGGCAGAAACGGCCGCCAAAGAAACAGCCGCCCGUCCGGCGGCGAAACUGCUCGUUCCGGGCCGGGGGGGGUGAGGGGAGGUGGGGAGAGGAUGCCUGAGUGACCCCCACCCGGGGAAGUGGAAUGAGGGACGGGUUAUAAACAACCUGAAAACGGCAGUGCAGGAUGGGGCUUGCCUCAGGGAGGAGGCAAGCACCCUGCACUGGGAAACAGAGUAAAACAAACAGUAGUCAAAUACACAUAAAAAUUGAAUAUUAGACAAAGAAAAACUGAUAUUUAAAAUGAACAGUAGAAAACAAUAAUAAUAUGAAUCAGGAGAAAACUGAACAACACAAUAUUUGAGGAGCUGAAAAUAUGUGGUACUUAGCUGAGGCAGCAGCAAAGAAAGAGGAAGUAGUUUACCUCACAUGAAGGGAUAUAGUACAAGGACUGAUCCUAUUGGUUAAUGGAUAUGGAAUGUUAUAUGGUUAACCCUUAAGGGUAUUUGUUUUCUCUUUUUGUUAUUGCUAUAUUAAAAAAUAUCAAUAUCCUUUCUUUGCUGCUGAGGAAUAAAGAAAGAGAUAAAGCCUAAUAAGAGCCUCUGUGUCCUUUAAUAAAAUUCCUUUUUCCCCAUAGCUGCUACAUGUGAUCUUUGGAGCAACUGACAACUCUUGUCAACAGCAGGUGUAUACUAAUUUGAGGCCCUAUCCCUUUAAGAAAUUAUAAAAUUAUGUUAAUACUCAAGACUUUUUUUAUUAAACCCUAUGGUUCUUCUCAUAAACCUAAGUUACAUAUCUUAAAACAAUAAGAGUGCACUUAUCACACUAACUUUCACCCUAAAAAAUUAUAUAUAUAUUCUUGGUGGAAGGGGAAACAGAUGAUUUAUGAAAAAGUCAACGGAAAAAUUAAAGUCCAACUUUUCCCCACAAGGGUUCAGCACAGAAUAAAAGUAAAACAAACACAUAUUUUUCCCAUGCUUUUAAUUCUUACUAGAGUGCUUUGAUUGGCUUGUAAACUCUGCUUGUAGCGUACUACUGCAAUAAAACAGCCAUAUUUAUGUUUAGUGAUGUCAGAGUAUAACAAUACCCCCUAUGUAAAGGUUUGAAAGAUUUUGGAAUUUACAGGGCCGCAUAUGGUCACCUGUCUUAAUACAUGGAAAUCAGACAAAUGGAGUAACUAAGACAUGGAAUUAGGUAAGAGUUUUUUAAAGGGGAUAACAUGUAUUUUUUUUUCUUUUUUUUUUAUAACAAUAUAGGAUCAGGAAUACACAUUUGUGUUCUUUUAAACUUGGUAAUGAUGAAAUGUGUUCAAAGUUAACUGUUUUAGUUGCUUAAGUAUUGAACAUUGUUUGCUUGCUAGGUUGCCCCCUUCCCCCCCCCCCCCAAGUAUAUUUCAGUGUUUUUUUUCCUGACAUUUGUGCUAAAUUGCUUAAUAAAAUAAUUAAGUGCAUAAUUCCCCAUACUUAUAUUCAUUUACCUUGUAUUUUGUAUGUCAUGGUUUCAAAUGCUCUCUGGAAAGCCUUUUGUAUAAACUAAUCCAACAUUGUUGCCUAUUGUCAUCCGUAAUUCCAGUCCUUUUCUAUUAUGGCCUUGCUUAUUUUUACAAUAUACCUUUUAAAGACUUCUCCCUUCAAACACUGCUUUCACCCCUUACCUUUUAGUCUUUCUCUGUCUCCUGCUGUUUGUAUAUUACCUCUGUCAGGCAGCAAAUCCUGAAUAAUCCUACUGUUUCAUUGAGGCACGAUCACAAGAUAGCCAUUGGAUUGUAUUGUUCCCUGACCAGCUGUCUGUUUUCUGUUUAAACACAUAUAAGAUGCAUGUGUCUAUAAAUGUAAAUAUAUGUUUAUGCAUAGUCACAUAAUUUUAGACCUUCAUUGAUGCACACGAAAAAGUUUAUCCACCUAUCAUACAGUCCUCCAUAAGUUGUCUUUUAAUUGGCAUUUAACCCCUUAGUGACAGCUAGCAGGCAGUGUAUAUAGCUGCUACCAAAAUCCCUUUGGACAGCUGAAAGUAUAACCGAGUCUCUGUUAUCAGCAAGACAUGGCUACUUUAGUGUGGAUGAUUCUUCCAGAAAUGGCUACUAAUCACUAUGGCAACAUACCAUAUCUGUGGAAUUUCCAUAGGAAAGCCUUGGCGGCCUCUGGAAGUACUUGUACAUGAAAAUUGUAGCAUGUACUGGGCUGUUACUAGAUGCCUGCGGUGUAAGGCAAUCCAACAAUCCCCCUGUCUGAGGCUUUCCUAGGCAUCCAGUCUCUGUUACAGGCUGAUUGGUUUCCAUUUACUAUGGUCGCUCAGGGAGUCAGCCACAGUGUCUAAAUUUAGUAUAACAAAAGUGCUGGUGCGCAAAGCUUUAGAGAAAAAAACACCUCAAUUGUUCUUAUGCAACAUAAAGCGCUCUUAAGUUAUAUACAAAGUUGAGAUAUUAUUUGUAUCCUACAACCAAGGUUUAUAGCGGGUUCUGCAUAUCAGAUUACAUUUUAUUUAUUGUAUUUUUUUGCCAUCUUAUCUACAUAUUGUAUAUUGAUGUCUAAAUUCAGGCCUCCCAAUCGUUCUGAUUUCAGUGGGACAGUCUAGACGUGGGGAUCCUGUCCCCAAAAAGGAUAGCGCAAAUGCAUCAUUUGACCUCACUCACUAUGCUAAGGGUAGAAUUCUUGCUACCCUAGGCAACGAUCCAUGUUGCAGCCCCCUCGUGAAUGCAAUUACAUUCUCUGAAGUUUAUCCACUAAACUCUGAAUUACAGUGAAGAGACAUUUAAUGAAGGAGAUGCACUGGUGAGAAAUUUAGAGAACGGAAACCACCUGGGGAGAGAUUUAAGGAAAGGAUAGAGACUGUUGAGAUGUUUAGGAAACAGAGACAUCUUAGGAGAGCGAAAACAGAGAUGGAGGUGCACUGCCUAGAAUGUCCUUAGAGUGUGUAUAUAUAACCAUAAAAAGGGGGAGAAAUAGAGCAGCUUUAAAUAAGCAGCUCUGGUCCUUCCUUCUGUAAACACUUUUGAGAAAGCCAUUGUAUGGCGAAACGUGUUAAAUGUAUUUAAAUAUUAUUUUAUGUAGUUCUUUUACCCUAUUUUUUUUUUUUUUUGUAUCAAUAAAACUAUUUUUUUUUUUUUUAUUGGGCCUGUUUGCUGCUGGAUUCCAUACCUGUGGAGCCACUCUAUAGGCUCCAAUACACAUGAGUGCGCAUCUUUUAUAGCUAUAUAAUAUAUAGAGUCUGGCAUAUUGCACUAUAUAUCUCUUAUUCCCCCUACAUAUCUCAUAGAGAAGCUGCAUCCACAAGAACCACCUAUAGAGUCUUUACUCCAUAUGUACACCAUAUCCUCAGCCGGGGAUUAUUCCGCCCAAGCGUCUAAGUUGGAGCUGCACCUAAGCUUAUAUAAAGUGAGUGCAUAUCAUUUUAUUUACCUUACUGCAUUUUUUAACGUACUUCACUAUCCGUUUCCUAUUUCUCCUCCAUUUUAUGGUUUUAUAUAUUAUAUAUAUUAUAUAUAUUAUAUAUAUAUAUAUAUAUAUAUAUAUAUAUAUAUAUAUAAUGUGUAUGUAUGUGUGUGUGUGUAUAUAUAUACACACACACUCUAAAGACAUUACAGGCGCUGCACCUCACUCGCUGUUUUUAUCUGCUUCUCUACGGGACAAGAGAGACCCCGGAUUUCGUGAUCUGGCUGCCCUUUGGACUGUACCAGUACUGGAAAAGUGCUGAAUAUCCUCUUGCUUAUAUUUAAGGAGAGACCUAGUGAGCAGACAUUUAGAGAAAGAAAGAAACAAACUGGCAAAUAUAAACACUCUCAGUAUAUGCAUCUAUAUAAAGACGCUGUCUAAUACCUUCAUCUAUACAUACAUACAUACUGCCUAUAACAUACAAUUUAACCCUAUGCAUACAGCCCAAUACAUAAAUCCCCACACACAAACACAGCCUAAUGCAUCCAUACACAUUUACUGCCUAAAAUAAUUAAAAAAUAUAUAUAUAUAUAUAUACACACACACACACACUGCUAAAAAAAAAUAAAGGGAACACAAAAAUAACACAUCCUAGAUCUGAAUGAAUUAAAUAUUUUUCUAAAAUACUUCUAUGUUCUUUACAUAGUUGAUUGUGCUGACAACAAAAUCACACAAAAAUUAAAAAAUUAAAAUCAAAUUUUUCAACCCAUGGAGGUCUGGAUUUGGAGUCACACUCAAAAUUUAAAGUGGAAAAAACACACUACAGGCUGAUCCAACUUUGAUGUAAUGUCUUUAAAACAAGUCAAAAUGAGGCUCAGUAGUGUGUGUGGCCUCCACGUGCCUGUAUGACCUCCCUACAACGCCUGUGCAUCCUCCUGAUGAGGUAGCGGAUGGUCUCCUGAGGGAUCUCCUCCCAGACCUGGACUAAAGCAUCUGCCAACUCCUGGACAGUCUGUGGUGCAACGUUGGUGGGUGGAGUGAGAUAUGAUAUCCCAGAUGUGCUCAAUUGGAUUCAGAUCUGGGGAACGGGCAGGCCAGUACAUAGCAUCAAUGCCUUUGUCUUGCAGGAACUGCUGACACACUUCAGCCACAUGAGGUCUAGCAUUAUCUUGCAUUAGGAGGAACCCAGGGCCAACCACACCAGCAUAUGGUCUCACAAGGGGUCUGAGGAUCUCAUCUCGGUACCUAAUGGCAGUCAGGCUACCUCUGGCGAGCACAUGGAGGGCUGUGCGGCCCCCCAAAGAAAUGCCACCAUUACUGACCCACUGCCAAACCAGUCAUGCUAGAGGAUGUUGCAGGCAACAGAACGUUCUCCACGGUGUCUCCAGACUCGGACACGUCUGUCACAUGUGCUCAGUGUGAACCUGCUUUCAUAUGUGAAGAGCACAGGGCACCAGUGGCGAAUUUGCCAAUCUUUGUGUUCUCUGACAAAUGCCAAACGUCCUGCAUGGUGUUGGGCUGUAAGCACAACCCCCACCUGUGGACGUCGGGCCCUCAUACCACCCUCAUGGAGUCUGUUUCUGACCGUUUGAGCAGACACAUGCACAUUUGUGGCCUGCUGGAGGUCAUUUUGCAGGGCUCUGGCAGUGCUCCUCCUGUUCCUCCUUGCACAAAGGCGGAGGUAGCGGUCCUGCUGCUGGGUUGUUGCCCUCCUACGGCCACCUCCACGUCUCCUGAUGUACUGGCCUGUCUCCUGGUAGCGCCUCCAUGCCCUGGACACUAUGCUGAUAGACACAGCAAACCUUCUUGCCACAGCUCGCAUUAAUGUGCCAUCCUGGAUGAGCUGCACUACCUGAGCCACUUGUGUGGGUUGUAGACUUCGUCUCAUGCUACCACUAGAGUGAAAGCACCGCCAGCAUUCAAAAGUGACCCAAACAUCAGCCAGGAAGCAUAGGAACUAAAAAGUGGUCUGUGGUCACCACCUGCAGAACCACUCUUUUAUUGGGGGUGUCUUGCUAAUAGCCUAUAAUUUCCACCUUUUGUCUAUCCCAUUUGCACAACAGCAUGUGAAAUUGUCACUCAGUGUUUCUUCCUAAGUGGACAGUUUGAUUUCACAGAAGUGUGAUUGACUUGGAGUUACAUUGUGUUGUUUAAGUGUUCCCUUUAUUUUUUUUGAGCAGUGUAUAUAGGGUUUACUAUUUUUUUUAUUUUUUUUUUAUUUAUUUUUUUUAAAUCACUUGUUUGUGCUUUAAAGGAACACUUCAGGCACGCCCCAUUGAUAAAUCUGGCUUGGCUUUCCAAGACCGUCUUACGAAUGGGGAGUUAUUGUUUGUAUUAGAGUGUCAGCUACCCUUUGCCUGACAACACUCCACGCUUCCUGUAAGGGAAAUUUCACAAACCGGAUGCUGUCCUGGGGGGUGGGGGAAAGCUGAGAUUGGCGCUGAUGGCAAUUUCGGGGUCAAACCGCUUAAACGGCUUAGCCCAUGAAGGUAAGAAUGAGCCUGGGGGCCUUCUGGCAACCUAGCAACGUAAUUUAGAUUACGUUGUUAUGGUGCCAUUAUGUAACUAAACUGUCCCAUUAAUUAAUCUAGCACAGUUUGUUAUAUAUUCUAAUCAGGCUCUAAUAUAAAUAACUCUUAGCAUACUAAGUUAAUAAAGCUGAACUUGAUCGGUGAAACGCGUCUUGGACAUCAUAUCACCUGGACUUGUUUGUAUACUUUUGUUUUUUAUUUAUUUUAAUUUUGUUACAAUAAAUGUUAAUUAUGUUGUACAUCAAGUCUGAAGAUACAUCAAUGCUGCUACAAAAAAGGGUUGUCACCCUAAAUUGUCACAUCUACUUACACACUCAGAGGCUCUAGAUAAGGUGAGAAGCCAAUUAUAUUUGUAUAUUGAUUUUACUUUAUUGAGGAUUUCUACACUAGGGUCAGCUCUGCUUCCCGGUCUUCUUCCAUUUUUGGUUCCAAUGUUGAGGUUUUCGCCUGAUAUGGACGUCUAGGGUGUGUGUCACCUUAAAGUACACACAAGUGGAAGAGAUCAGAGCCGGUCCUUAAGAGGCUCUGUAUCAUGUGAGUGAAUUCAAUAACAAAUUAUUCUCACUACUUGAUUCACUAUAUUUGAUUGCACUAUAUUUGUUUGUUUCCUUUUAGGAAUUUCUUUACUAAAAUACCUUUCAACCCUUAGGGGUCAGUAUUGAUUAAUCCUAGCGCUAUACACUCCUCACUAUCUAACACUUGUCUGUGAAAUAGUGUACUGUUUACAAUUGAUUGAAGUAGGGCAGAGAGUCCCUACUAAAGUGUGGCAGCAGCUUUAUCUUAAAAUUUGCUCAUUCUAUAUGUUUAUAAGCGCCUAAAAACACAAUCACUUUCUAGGUCCCUCAAAUUGCAAUCCAUAAAAUUUCUUAAUUAUGUAAAAAUAUUACAUAAAUAUGCACGUAGAAUUUAUAUAUAUAUAUAUAUAUAUUUGAAGUCUACGUGUAUAUUUAUUAAUUUAUUUAUAUAAUUAUGUAAAUGCUGGUGUGCAUAUACCUUAAAAAAAAAAAUGUAUAUAGCACUGUUAGCUGAUCUAUCCAUUUGUCUCAAGGAAAGUCCAAGGUCAAAAUUAAUAAUACUUCUUGCCUUUAUCUGUUACUGUUACAGCUUCUUAUUUUGCCCAAAACAUAUUGGCUUGAAAUGUAAAUAUACCAGCUACCAGGUCUUUGCUGAUAGUUAUUGUUAUAAAUUUUUUCAGAAUUUCUUGUUAAAAUUCACAAGGCUAUUUAGUUCUUUAAGGGAGAAUGUAGUCAUGUCUGUCUCCUGCAACUUUGCGUUGCGUCUUAAAGGGAAACUCUAACACUAGAAAUGCAAACCUGUAUUUAACAUAUUAAUAUUGGUUAUUUCUUAACUAUUUAGAUCUAACACCCACCUUAAAACCAUAAAAUAAAGUAGAUUUUAUUUUUAUUUUUUAUCCCACAUCGUUCUGGUUCCUUUAAUGAUUGUGAUGACUUCACUCUCUUUCUGGGAAGUACAUUUUUCCAUGGAUUGUCUUUCAGUGAGAAAACACACUACUAGGUUCUUCUCUGUCACAGAUAUAAUCUACUUAUCUAAGUAAAUGGCAUAAGGGCUUAUUAUUCAUGUUUUAGUGUACAGUGCUGCUGUAUGAAAAUCUCUUUAGAAAUAUUCUUUGGGUGGUGUGCAAAUACCUUAAAACCUUGGGAGCUGCUCCUGCUAAAAUAUUGAAUGAAUAGCUUUGGCCUGGUCUCAGCCAUUUCCCUGUAGACUCUGUUGGAGAUAAUGAACAUUUGUAGCAAGAAUUCCUUGCAAUGCAAACACCCUCCUUUCUGCAUUAUACCUUUUUUAAACUUUACUAUUAAGCUGCACUAGGUGUAAUUUUUUUUAUUGGCUGAUGGCUGAGAGAGUCAGCUGAUCACUCCAAACCAGUGAGUUAAGCACUGUUUUGCAACGUCUUAUUCAGAGAUCUUCCAAGCUCUGACUGACCCUAUGCAAGAAGUCUAUCCUUUCUGAAUUUGUUUAACUAAUUACAUUUAGGGGGUGUCGGGUCACUCCUGGCACCGUAACCACCGUAGCAGGCUGUUUUAGUUACGUUACUUGGAGUGUUCCUUUGAUGUGCUGUAGAAGUCUGUAAAUAAAGUGUUUAUAGGUUUGUAAAUGUGCAUACAUGUUUGUAGUAUGUUAUGCUUCUUAAUAUUUUAUAUUUAUUUCAAUUAAUAUUGUUAGUGUAAACAUUUUGUUUAUCAAUUAUUUGUUGUUGGAAAUGUAUUUUGUUGCUAAGUGACAAAGAACAAGUGAGAAUACUAGCACAGGCUGACUUGAGAAUAAUUAAAAAUAUAUUUUAGCUUUGGUUUACUUCCUCUGAGCACUUGCAGUUGUUAAAAAUAUUUACAAUUAACAGUUCAAAUAGUUACAUUACAUGUGUUUAACCAAGUGAGUAAAGAAAACAGAACUGUCACAAUUUUCAGUUCACAAAACUUGUUCAAAACAUUUGUUUACAGAAUUCAGUACUUUAAGUAUUAGUGAAGAUCAGUGUAAACCAGGGGUAGUCAACCUUUUAAUACCUAUUGCUCACUUUUGUAUCUUUGAUGGUAAAAUUUCCUUACCGCCCAUCAGUGCCGCAGUAACUUAUUUUAUAGCGCAAGUGCAUAUUUUUUUUUUUUUAAAUAAAGCAAUAUUGCUUCAGACCUUAGGAACACUCUUGAAAGCUUGUCUUUGAAAUAUUAUGUAAGUCCAAUAAAAAAGGUAUCAUUGCAUACUGCAGUACUCUGGUUUUUGGCAUUAUAUACACCUAUCUCAAAAAAGAAAACCAUAUGCUCUGCUAAUUGAAAGGUUUAUGCUAAGGUGCAAAAUAUUUUUUGGGGGGUUCCACUAGGUGUAAUUCGACACCAAUGCCACAUGAAUGCUUCAGAUUAAAGCUCCUUAGAAUGCUUCUGUUAGGUCCCUGAAGUAAUUAGUCAAACAUUUAAACAUUACAAAUGGAUACAAAUUACUGGUCUUUACAGUGGCCAGACAUGACUUUUAUAAAGGCAGGAGACAGCCUGCAAACUGAUGGUGAGAGUGAACUGAGACAAGUCAAAUUCAAAGGACACAUUCGUGCACAGAAUUGGAAAAACAUGCCAAGGUCAAGAGAAUGCAAGUUAACAUAAUCGAUAAACGAAGAGUGAGAAAUUAGAAAAAACAAGUUAAUAAUCUAAAUACUUUCUCUAGUAGGUAACACCACAACAUGGCACUGAACAGAACGUUGUGUCAUCUUAUACCCUGAAGAAAUGCUAUUUGACAGUGUCAAAUUGUGAUGCUAAAAUGUGUGUUGCAUUAAGCCAAAAUAACAUAACACACUACAUUUCCGAAAAGCUGCCAUAGUGAAGCAUUUCACAUCAGAAAUGACACCAGAAAGCAUAACUUGAAUAAAUGUCCUAUGGCUUUGGCCAGACAGGGCAAAGCCAUGACAGCGAAGACCUGCAUGGUUGUUCUUAGCUCAGUGCAGAAGCUUCCGUCAUGAAGGCAUUUUAGAGUCAACAUUUUUUGUUUUGUGCGCUGCACACUUUUACAGUUUUGUGGAAGGUGUUCUUACAAACGUCUCCACUUUGUUUAGAGGUUGAGGUAUACAAGCUGUUGUUUCACAAUCAAAAUAUUGGACUUCCUUUAGCCAUAUACCUGCAGCCCACAAUUAUACCUAAUAGGCAUCCGCUAUCUGCAUUAAUUCACCACAUAUGCUGCAUUCUGCAAUUGCCCUAGUUUGGAGUUCCCUGCCCAACUGUGUGCCCAGCAUCUGGAUCUACAUAUCCUUGCCAUCAGGCAAUAUGAAUUUCACAUCCCUGCACUGUGCUCAUGGGCAGCUUCAAUGCAGCUAAUUUAAAAAAUAUGUAUAAUAUUUUGCUUUGUCAUUAUGAGACAUUGAGUGUAGACUGAUGUGUUAAAAUAAUUACAAACAAUUCUAGAAUAAGACUGCAACUUUAAGUUUCCUGAAUGCUUUCUGAAUGCACUGUUUUUCUUUCGACUAGCUCUGGGUGUACAGAUAAGCUGUAGUGUUUGUGCUUAGAGUGCCAUUUUAGAUAUGCUUUAUUAAAACUAGCUAUUACUUGUGUUGCAGUUAAGUUAUGACUGCAACACAAGUAAUGCAAAAUAUUUUUUGGGGGGUUCCACUAGGUGUAAUUCGACACCAGUGCCACAUGACUGCUUCAGAUUAAAGCUCCUUAAAAUGCUUCUGUUAGGUCCCUGAGGUAAUUAGUCAAACAUUUAAACAUUACAAAUGGAUACAAAUUACUGGUCUUUACAGUGGCCAGACAUGACUUAUAAAGGCAGGAGACAGCCUGCAAACUGAUGGUGAGAGUGAACUGAGACAAGCAAGUACUGCAAAAUAUUUUUGUGUAGAACAUUGUAUGUUCUACACAUACAAUGUAUAACAGGUCCUGGUUGUCUAAGUUUCUCACAUACAAUAUUGAGCUUGUGUUUUGGACGCUCUUUAGCCCCCUAAGGAUGCAGGCAAUUGUGAAAGUUCUCACUACUCCUGGGUGGCAGCAACAACCAUAGCACACAUACACCCAAAUACAUAAAGAACAAGCAAAGAAAAAAGUUAACUGAGCACUAGCACAAAUCCCUAUGCAUAUUUAAAUAAAUGGAGAUUAUUUAGUAACUUCAAUGGCCGUUAGUUGUAAGUACUCGUAGGAAUAACUGUUCGGGCCUACAAAAUGUGGGGAUUCCUUUCUUUCAGAUUUAUUAGUUAAUUAAAUUUAAUUAUAAGCCAAAAAUUUUUUUUUUUUUAGCUUAUUUACAUGCAUAAACUAUACUUUUGUUUAAUUGUUUGUGGCUGUUCGGCUCUUGACUGUUCUCAUAUUUAUUGCAUCCAUUCACUCAAAACAUGUAUUCUUGCGCUUUGCAUUCCAAAUCUCAAACAUGUUAGACAUUUUGUGGGUUUGCGGUUCGUUAAUCUAUCAAUGCAUAUUUUUUUUUUUUUCUUCCGUUCAUCACUAUGCCAAUUCAUUCAUGGGUUUACUGUUCGUUAUUAUUGUCCAUUUUUUUGUUGGUUUUACUGUUCGUUAGUUUGACAAUCCAUUCGUGGGUUAACUGCUCGUUUCUCUUUUAAUUCAUUCAUGGGUUUCACUGUUCGGCAGUUUGUCAAUUUCUUUCGUGGAGAUUACGGUUUGUUAAUUUGUCAAUGCAUUUGUGGGGUUUGCUGUUUACUUGUGAAUUCAUUUGUGAGUUACUGUUCAAUUCGUUUGUGGAUUUCUGUUCUUUACUCUAUCCUUUUCACUUGUGGGUUCAGUUAUACACAUACAAUGCUAUUCAGUGCUU